GUUACAGACGUAGCCAUGGAUCCAACAUCCCGUCAAUCGGCCAUCGCAACAGAUAACUGUGACGACGAGAAUAGACCACCAACUGUCUUCGACGUGGAUUACUUUGGCACCGUGACGUCUCUGAUUCAGCAGGAGACGGACGAGGAUCUAUUACGCCUAGCCAUGAAGAAGGAUCCUCCACUCAACCUCAUGGAGGACCCUGUGCUCAACGUCGUCAUCGCAUGCAAGAAAACCGACCUCGCCAAACGGCUGAUUCAAAGCAUGCCCGCGGAGAAGCCCGGACCGCUGUGGUACGCUAAUUACCACGACAACACGGCUCUCCAUGUCGCGGCCACCGUGGGUGACCUCGACGUGGCCGAGGCGUUGCUCCGCAAGAACUCAGGUCUCGUCAGUGCACGGAACAAGAAGCAGGAGACACCGCUGCACAAAGCGGCGCUGUACGGGCAAGAGACGAUGUUCUGGUACCUGGCGGAAAUGGGGCCGCACGGCCCGGACGAGCGGAGGGAGGACGGCGCCACCGUGCUGCCCUGUGCCAUCAUGGGUAGCGCGCCGGCUUUAGCACUGAAGAUUGCAAAGAAAUAUCCACAGCUGAUCAUGUCGAGGAAUGAUGCUGCGGUGACUCCGCUGCAGUUGAUGGUGACCAUUCCGGGGUUAUUCCGAAGCCAAACGAAUCUUGGGACCUUCGAGGCCGUAAUUUAUAAGCGUGAGUGCAAGCGGAUCGAUACAUCCGUCGUAAUGUACUACCGAAACGAUGCAGAAAAGACAGCACAAGAGAUGUUUAGUGAGAGUCACAAAGAGAUGGCUAAGGCGUGCAAGGAACAACUGGUGGGGAUGGGCCAGACAUGCUCAGGGCUUCUGGCCGCCGUGGUGUUCGCGUCGACCUUAUCCAUCCCCGGCGAGAAGGAUCCGGCAACCGGAAACCCGGUCUAUUUCGACAGGCUACCUUUUCGGAUCUUCUCGCACACGUUCGUGAUUGGGUUGUCAAGCGCCGCUACAUCUCUGGUGUUGUUCCUAUCCCUCCUCGUCGCGCCUUACAAGGAGCAGCAGUUCCGCCGUGCCAUCCCAGUCAAGUACUUCUUCGCCUGCUUGUCAUUUGGGAUCGUGCUGCCGGCUUUUCUGGUGGCAUUCACCUGCAACAUCUACUUGCAAAUCUGUGGCGGACAGAGAUCGGAGUCGAAGGACUUGAUUAUACUCCUACUGGAGCUCAUCGUCUUCCCUUUCGUGUGCACCUAUUUUUUUUCCGUCUUUCGGUUCUUUCUGGCGUUGACUCAGUUUUUGUCUCUAUGCUGUGAGGUGUGAGUUUUGACAUGUUGGGUCCAGCCCAUACGUGGGUUUGGACAAUUGGGUCUAUUGAGCCCAAAUCAGUAAGAGAGAAAGGGCAAAAUUGGGCAGCGUGCAGGGUGUGUGUGUGCGCGCACAGUGAGAUUACAGCGUCCAGCGGCAUGCUGAGAAAAAAGAGGAGAGAGAAAUAGAGAGAGAAAGUAAGGUUUCUGAGUUUUUCUGCUUAAGUUUCGGCCCAAAUUUUAUGUGGAGAAUCCUUGCAGCAAACUCUACAAUCCUAACGGCGUUGAUCUGCAGUUUAUUGCAGCAAACUCUACAAUCCUAACGGCGUUGAUCUGCAGUUUACCCUCUCUAAGGUACUUUCUUACGAUAUCCACUAUGUGAGACCUAGAAAUCUUUUUUUGAGGAGAUCCAUCCUACGUGAUG